AUGAACUUCACCCCAUCGGUACACCAGGCCGCGGGCCAUGACGGGGCGCUUACCGCCGGCCCGGUUUUUGCCAAGCUUCUGUCGCCACAAGAAAUUAGUUUCUACGCCCAGGCGUCCAGUCGCUUGUCUGCAGAGCCAGAGCUUUUGGGCAGCCAGCUAGCGCACUGGAUGCCCACAUAUAUGGGCACUAUGAAUGAGGGCUUUGAGCGCGUGGAAGGCGCCAUGGUGCUAGAUCCAGAUGGAGUCAGCAGCAGCGUGAAUCCGGCAGUUUCAGCGCCAGAUUUGCCAGCAGUUUCAGCGCCAGAUUUGCCAGCAGGCCUGGAAAACCCGUACCUCGUACUUCUGAACCUCUACCAUCGUUUUGUGCACCCGUGCAUCCUCGAUAUCAAGCUAGGCUCUGUUCUUACUGACGACACGGUUCUGUUGGAAAAAAAGGCAAGAUUGGAGGCGGUGAGCAAGGCCACCACUAGCGGCUCGCUCGGGUUCCGCAUUUGUGGCAUGAAAAUAUUUAGUCAGACGCCCCUAAAUCCGGCUCCGUUGUUCCCCGAUAUGGACGCUACUAUGCACACCGAAGCUAUAGAGGAUGGAGGGCUGUACACCAGUUUCGAUAAGAUUUUUGGCCGGUCGCUUGACAAGAGCAGUGUGGGAAAAGGCCUAGGGCUUUUUUUCCUGGUGGAGCCCCAGGUUCACGAUUUGCUUCUCUCGAGGUUUGUCCAGAGAUUACAGCUACUUUACAACUGUCUCUUGGAUGCUGAGGUGCGGAUCAAAUCAGGCUCUUUGUUAUUUAUCUACGAGGGCGAUCCCGCCAGAUGGGCUGGCGUCAAUGGGGACUCAUAUACCGAGGCAGACCCGUUGGUUUGUGACCCAUUCUAUGCCGUGGAUUCCGGCGCCGAUUCGGACGCGGACUCUGACGUGGAGUCCGAUUUCGAACACCGUAAAGCACCGCUCUCCCGGUUAAACCUCAUUGAUUUUGCCCACGCAAAAUACGCACCGGGCAAAGGGCCCGACGAUAACAUUCUCGAUGGUUUGGAGAACCUUUUGGACGUCUUCUGCCGGUUGGCAGACCUGGCAUAA